AUGAGAUGUUUCACCUUCCAGGAUUUUCAAAUAGCACCAAUGUUGGAGGAAUUUGAACAUCUUGUUGGUAUUCCCAUAAAAACCAAACUGCCAUUUAUGGGUGUUGAAGGGACCUUGAAAUAUGAAGUUAUAGUCGAUGCCCUUCACAUGCAUAAGAAGGAGGUUAUUGCGAACCUCGGAGUGAAAGGAAAUACCAAAGGAUUUCCACUCAAUUUUCUUAUAGAGAGAGCUGACACCCUGUUGGAGGCCCAAAGUUGGGAGGCUUGCUACGCUACUAUUGCCUUGACUAUUUAUGGAAUCGUUCUGUUCGCAAACUUUGACGAUUUUGUAGACAUGAAUGCCAUUUGCAUCUUCCUCACAAAGAAUCCAGUGCCUACCCUUCUUGUUGAUGUGUUCUAUUAUCUAACUUGGAGAAGUGCAAAGAAGGGAGGAAUGAUUGCUUAUUGCGCCCCUCUAUUGUACACAUGGUUGCAGACCCAUCUUCCAAAUAGGGGUCCCUUUGUGGAUCAGAAGGAUGGUAGUUGGACCCAGAGGUUGGGAUCACUCCGAUCCAGCGAUAUUUCCUGGUACUCUAGGGAGUAUGAUGGUACAAAAAUCAUAUCCAGUUGUGGGGACUUCCCCAACAUACCACUCAUUGGUACUCGAGGUUGUAUUAAUGCUAAUCCAGUCUUAUCCAUGAGACAACUUGGGUACCCAAUGGAGGGACCUCCUGAGGAGAAGUUUUUGGAAGCCUUUUUGCUGCAUGACCUAGGAGUUGAGAAUCCGACUUUGUUUGCAAGGAUCAAGAAGGCAUGGGAAAAGGUCAACAGGAAAGGUAAGGCUGACCUAGGAAAGAAGAAUUGUAUCACCUAA